AUGUACACGAUGGGGCAGAGUGCGGGGGCCGAUGACGCUGACCCGUCGACGGUUCAGGACUUCCCGCACUACCUCCUUCGGUCGAUUCAAGAGAACGCCCCUGCGUCGUUCCCUCGCGGCGCGUCCACCGCGCAGCUCCAGGCGCUGUUUCAAGAGCAGGCGGCGCGGUACAUUACGCUCCACCGCCAGAUUUUAGGAUCGUACGAGUACGGCCUCCCGCCGCAGCCCAAGGACUGGCGCCUCCUCGACAUGACCGCCAUGGACUUUAUCAAGGCCAACAACUUGACCGCCCUCACUGGGAUGUUUCGCUUCUCGCAGCAGCAACAAGGCUACGGCGUGUUGGAAAACAUCCCGGCGUUCUACUUUCUGUGGUGGUCCCAUCCGCAGGCAGUGUCCAAGAUCAUGUCAGCUCAAAUCGCUCACGCCCCUUGUGCGUACCAGUUUUCCAAGGGUUUCCAGAGCAUCUGGCACGCUAUCUCGCGAGCCCAUCGCCCCGCGAUGGAGGUCGUGUAUGGCGCCAAAGCCACCCGCAUCACUCGCGGCCUGGACGGCGUGUCCAAGCCAACCGUAACGUACAAGCAGGGUGGGCGACUCGUCCAGAUCGAGUGCGACCACGUUGUGAUGGCCAUCGAUUUGAGCCUGCAUGCGUCGUUGAUCGCAGACCUGACGGCGGAAGAACGCGCGAUCUUGAUCGGGACGUACACGGCGUCGGCGUUUGUCACGUCCGUGUUCGACUCGGAGCCGUCGCCAGUGGAAACCGCCGCCCAGAUCUGGCACUACCGCAUGACCCAAGGCGGCCGCCUCAGCGCACUUCGCAACUCGAAACUCACGCUGCAGUACCGAAGCUCUACCAACUGGGGCGACUUGAUCCGCGGGCGCCAGACCCGCGUCGCGUAUCAGUACUACGACCAACCUCUUGCUCAAGUCGCGCAAACCGACGCGAUGACGCUGCUGCUAAAUGACCUGGCGAUGGCCGGCAUGCGCGACGUCGCAUUGAGGGAAGUGCGCUCGUUCAACUACUUUCCACGGUUCACCCAGGAAGGGCUCAAGAGGGUUCGACCGCAAGACGACGUGGAUUGGCAGCAGCGUGUGCUUUGA